AUGAGUAUAGGAAAAAAAACACAAUAUAAUAUAAAGGUGGAUAUACAUGAAGUUAAAGAUUUGAGUUUUCGAGAAAGUACAAAUGAAAAAGAGAUAAUACCUAACCCUUAUAUUGAAAUAAGAGUUAACGAUGAAACAAAAUGUACAGCCAAAAAAAAUCAAGCAGUAAAUGUUGUAUAUAAUACAUCAUUUAAUUUUUCUAUGGAUUUAACUGACUAUGAUUUUCAAAGAACAAGUGUAGAAGUGUGUGUAUUACAUAAAUAUACAAUUCAGAGUGCACUAAUUGGAAAAUGUUCUUUCAGUUUAAAUUAUGUAUAUUCAAAAGUACAACAUUGGAUAUAUAGAAUAUGGGUUAAGUUGCGAAAUCCUGAUCUGCCUUUAGAUGAUGUAGGGUAUUUAUUAAUAUCUGUUGGGGUAUAUGGCCCUGGUGAUUCUAUACCAAUUAUAAAUGAUAGCAUAAAAACAAAUAUGCAUGAACAUGAAAUAUGUGCAAAUAAUAAAGGAAUAGAUAUGCAUAUAACACAUUAUGAUUUAUGUAUAAAUAUAUUUAGAGGUCAAGAUAUCGAAUUUAUAAACAAUGCUAACAGUUUAUUCCAAAAUAAUUUAGAACCAUAUGUUAGGGUAAUACAUAACGGUUUUGAAGAAAAAACUAAAAUUAUACGAAAUGAUCCAAACCCUGUUUGGAAUUUAAGUGUUCAUUUACCAACAUGUACACCUUGUUAUGAUAAAAAUAUUAUUAUAGAAUUAAUUAAUGGAGAAACAAAUGGCGUCGUUAUAUUUAGUAUUUUACUAGAUUUUUUUGAAAUACUAAAAAGGGAAAUAGUUCCACGAUGGUUCAAUAUUUAUUAUAACCCUCAGAAUUACAUCUUUCCUAGAAGCAGUAUUUAUUCCCAGAAUGUCAAUCAAAAUUCUACGAAUCCUCAUGCUUUUGGAAAUAAUCAAACUUCGAAUAAUAAUCAGUCUGUUGCCGGUAUUGGCAAUACAAUUAAUAAUGUGAGCACAUUUGGGAAUUAUUUAUUUUCAGGAACAACUGCAGAAAAACUUUUUAAGAAUGCAGCACAAGGAAUAAAUAUUAAUGAUAUAUUAGGAAUAACAAAAGUACAAAAUAUAUUUACUAAUGAUAUUUUAAAAGAAUUUUAUCUUUAUGGGGGUCGUAUAUUUUUAGGAGUAAAUAUUACAAAAACUCAUGCCCCUGGGCCUAUAUGUAUAAAAUCAGCAAAAAUAGAACAUGACCCACCCAACAAAGAAUAUAUAUUUUGUGCUGACAUUUAUGAAAUAUUAGGAGUAGAAGGAAAUAAUAAGCAAGGAGAAUAUGAGACUAAUAAUUUGAAUAAUAUAAAUGAUGGAAAUGUGUUAAAUGAGAAAAAUAAUUUUAAUAACAAUGGGGAUAGUAUUAUAUGUGUAUGUGGAUUAGGACCUCACAAAUUAAAAACGCCACCACUACUUCCAAACGAAGUAGGAUCUUAUGUUUUAAAUGAAAGUGCGGGAAGAAUAAAUGAGUUUCGUAUUUUUUUACCACAAAAUAAUAAUGAACAAAUUUAUGAUAUAUUUCUUUAUAUAUAUGUAAAGUCAAAUAUAUCAGUUACAGACUGGAUUACAAACAGACGAAAUAUUUAUAAUAGCAUUUUAAAUACAGAAUAUGAAGAUGGUGAUAUAAAUAAGAUUCAGAAAAUAAAUAAAAUGAGUUCAAUAAAUCAAAUAUCUGAUGAUAUGGUUAACAACAAUUCUGAAAUUUUAAAUAAUUAUAAACUAAAAAGUUUUGUCAGAAUACCAUUUAAAUAUUUACUUUUGAAUGAAAAUAAACCUAAAUGGUUUUCUAUGAAAAAUGUUGAAACAGAUGCACAUGAUUAUAAUAUAUCUUUUUUUGCAAAUUUAAUACCUUGUAAUUUAUAUAAAAAAAGACCAAAAAGGUUAGAAUAUAAAUUGUCACGAUAUUUUUUUCGUGCUUUAAUAUAUGAGGGUUUACAUUUUCCAGCUAAAGGAUAUAAUGCAUUUCCUGACCCAUACAUAAAAAUAGAAAUAGCUGGACAAACUAUAAAAACAAGUACUAUUUUACAUACAUUAAAUCCAAAUUAUUAUGAAGCAUAUGAAGUUGAAGUUAUAUUACCAACAAAUUUAAAUCUUGCUCCAGAUAUAUCGAUAGAAGCUUUUUCUGUUAAUAAAUCAUUUCUUUAUAAUGAUGAUAUUUUAUUGGGUUCAUGUACAUAUCCUAUCAUGAAAGUUCCAAUGGAAUGGAAAAGAUCACCUAUAUGGAUAAAUUUAAAAUCUUCUCAAUAUAAAAAGUGUAAAGCAAAAUUAUUAGUUGCUUUUGAAUUAGUACCUUAUGAAAAAGUAGUUAAUGAUGAUCAGUAUCCAUUUUAUGAUGAUAUAAGGCCAUCAACUUUACCUGGUCAUGUUUCUUUAUUUUUAGUUGGGAUUCGUAUGUUUAAACCUUUGAAAGAUCCAUCUGUCACUGUUUGUUUUGGUCGAGAUAUAGAUGACACAUCUCAAUUUUUAUGGUAUGAAACUACUAAUAAAGUUAUAUCAGGAAAAGAAGGGAAUUGGAAUUUUUUAAAAUAUUUUUCUCUAGAUGUAGCAUUACCCAAGCGUAUGCAACAUCAUAGUUUUUUAGAAGUUCGAGUUGAGGAUAGAGGAUCUAAUACUGGUUUUUCUGGUGGUACUUCUAAUGGAUAUAAUUCAAUUAAUGCCAUAAAUAAUGAUAAUUUAGUAGGUACUGCGUAUAUAACCCUAAACCCGCUACUCCCAUGGUUAUAUGAAUAUGAACAAAGAGAAUGUAUAGAAUUGUUUAAACUGCAUCUAUUGGAAGAGGUUCUAAUUGAGGAUGCUGAAAAGGCGCGGAAAACAUAUAAUAGUGCAUUGAUAUAUAAAAAAAGUUCAAUAUUUUCUAAAAAAAUGUCAAAUGAUAUAUUUGAAAUACAAGGAACAGAUGAAGAAAGAGAUGGGUAUGGUAAUAAUAAUGUUUUUCAUGCAUUAUCGUUAAAUAUGUUAGAGGAGAACCCAUUUUUAGAAUAUGGUGAUGAAGAUGUAGAAGAACCAGAUGAAGGUGAAAAUGGGUUAAAAAAUGUGAUGCACAAAAUAAAAGAUGAUAUAAAUAAAGAGGAUAGGGCAGAAAACAAAAAUAGUGUAACCGAAUUGGAGAAAAAAAUAAAUUCAAAUGGUAUUCUUAGUCCAAUUGAAACAAAUGGAAUGAGAGCAGUGAAUGAAUUUGAGGAAAUCCCAAAUGAAAAUAAUCAAAAAAAAGAAAUUAAAAAAAAAAAAAAAAGUCGAAAAAAUAUAAACAAUGAAUAUCUUCCUUAUAAUGAUCCAGAUUUUGCAAAUGUUCGAAUUGAAGACCCAUUAGAGCAUGUUUGUUUUACACAAAAAACUGGUGGUAUAGAUAAUGAUAUAGAUGUAACUGGAUAUUCAAACAACAAUAAAUCCAUCUCAAAUAUAAAUGAUAAUCAUGUGAAUAAACAAUAUACAUCAGCCAAUACAUUGGACAAUGCCGAAAAUUGUGGGAAAGGUAUUUAUGGAUUUAGUGAAGAUAUGUUAAAUUUUCAAUUAUCAUUAGCAUAUGAUGAUGACCAUGAUGAAUUGCAAAGAGAAGAAAUGUUAUAUGAAUAUGAAGUAGAUAUGGAUAUAAAUGAUUUACCUUAUUUAAGAGCAACGAUAUUUAGAUGCACAGAUUCUGGAAUACCAGAAGCAGUUGGUUAUUUGAAAUAUAUAUGUAAUGUAUAUGAUGAAAAAACAAUGCAUAAAAAAAAAGAAAUGGUUAAAGCAUGUGAUAACCUAGUAAGAGAAUAUAAAUUAACAAGAAAUUUAGUAGUAAGAGCAUAUAUUAUUCAAGCAAGAGGUUUGAACCCGCCAUCAGGGGCUACAGAUAUAACGACAUAUAUAUGGAUAAAAAAUAGUGAUGAAAUAACAAACAUUCCAGGUGGUUUAUCACAUAAUAUUAAAGAUACAGGACAUACAAAAAAGCAAGGAUAUAAACCUGAAUUCAAUAGAUGUUAUCAAUUAUUAUGUUCAUUUCCUGAUGAAUCUAUUAUACAAGUAUGUGUAAUGAAUCAAGGAUCUAUAUCUGAUGAAGUGAUAGGAUAUACAUAUAUAGAUAUGGAAGAUAGAUACUUUAACAAAAAAAUAAAGCAACUAAUGUUAGAUGACAUUAUGCCAAUAGAAUUAAGAUCAUUGAAAUUAGAAAAUAGUACAAUAUCACAUGGAUCUUUAAGAUGUUGGUUUGAAAUAUUUACAGAAGAAUUUGCGCAAUUAAAUCCUGUUAAAAUUUUAUGUUCAAAUGAACCUGAUGACUACCAAUUAAGAUUAGUUGUAUGGAAAGUUUUGAAUGUAGCAAUGGAUAAUAAUUCGACAGUUAGUUUAUUUGUUAGAUGUAUAUAUGCAGAUGAUGAUUCUGAAGAUAUUAGAGAUACAGAUAUACAUUAUAAUAGCAAAAAUGGGAAAGGUAUAUUUAAUUGGAGAUUUGUUUAUAAUGUUAAAAUACCUACAAAUUCAACAACUAUUAAAGUUCAAAUACACAACUAUGCUCUUUUAUCAUCAAAUGAACCCAUUGGUGAAUCAUCUCUUGAUUUAUCUGCUCAUUUUUAUCGAGCUCGUAAAAAGAAAGGUUUCUAUCAUAUACCCAGAUUCUCCAUUUCUUGUAAACACCCAGCACAUAAAAACAAAAUCCGAGGAAAUAUAGAAGUCGAAGCAUGCAUAUUGCCAAAGAAUGAAGCAGAUAUUGAUCCAGUUGGAAAUGGACGUGAUGAACCAAAUAAAGAUCCAUUUUUACCACCAAUAACAGAAAAUAGAACCUAUGUAGAUUGGGUAACUAUAAAUGAAAAACUGGGAGAUGCAACUGCAUCUAUAAUGCAAGGAUUGAAAUGGACAGGAGUAUGGGUUAUGGUUGCAUUCAUUGUUAUUGGAAUUUUAUUUAUAAUGUUUUUGUUAAAAUGA